CCAAUUUGAAGCCGCUGAAAUGGUCAUAGUGUUUUUAGGGUGAUAUUUUGUUACUUCCGGUAGGUGCAAUGGUUUAAAUCAAACCACCCCGUCCGUUACAGGGGCGUUGGGAGUUGGAACAGGAAUGUGUGUGCGUGCAGUUGGUAGCAAAUGACAGACAACAUGGACGACCCGCGGGACGUUCAAACUUCCAAACGAAUUGGCAGCUCCAGGUCAAUGUUAUCGGCCGGUUCUGCGGUGGCUAUGGAGAUUAAACGAAAGAAAAUAAGACAGAGUACCUUAUUCCUGCAAACAGAGAGCACAAACAUUCAAGAGAAGCUUGAGUUUGAGACGCGAAUGCGAGAGGGGGCCUACAAGCUGCUGCUAGCCUGCAGUAAGAAAGAGCAGGUUCUUAACGCCUCUAAGAACCUGCUAACCUGCAAUGCCAGGAUCAAGGCUUACCUCGCACAGCUGCAGAGGGAAAAAUGGAGGGAUGCUACUGGAGCGGCCAAAAGAAACACUGAUCCUGGCUCAGAUGGCCGUUUACCCUGUAAUGGGACCAUUGCUAUGUCUGGACUACGGUUUCCUUUGAUAUGGAGGGAUUCAGACCACUUUAAUAACAAAGGGAGCUCUCGACGGGUGGCCAUGUUCUGUCUGAUGCAGAUUGGCUCCCAGGUGUUUGACACAGAGAUGGUUGUUGUGGAUCGAUCUGUCACUGACGUCUGCUUCGAGGGAGUCACCAUCUUUAAAGAGGCAGAUCCUCAUUUUGAACUGAAGGUGGAGCUGUGGAGCUGUGCCCUGGAGGAAGAGCUCACUGUAGUAAACACACCAAAGAAAUUUGCAAAGAAGCUUCGAAACUCCUUUGGAAAAACUGCUGGGAAGAAGCUCUGCUCUCUGCUGGACACUCCAGACCCUGACACCUUCCUGCAGAGCAAUCCCCUACCCAUUGGAGCCAAAUACAGCCUGCUGGCCUACACAACUCUUGGUCUGCCUGAGGCUGAAGGCAGUUUUCAGUCUCACUCCCUCAUUGUCCUCCAAGGCGCUGAGUGUUCAUCUUGGCUUCCUCUUUAUGGAAACCUCUGCUGUCGGUUAGUUGCGCAGCCAGCUUGUAUGACACAGAACACAAUGACUGGCUACUUGAGUCAGAAGCAAAAUUUGGAGGGGAUGAGCUGUUGCUGCAGUCUUUACUGCGUGCUGAGGGCCGGUUUUUUGUCCUGUUACUUCAUCCCAGAAGAAAUUGAUGCUAAAGUCCAACCCACUCUCACUGUGCCCAUCAAUAAAGGAACUCAAAUCCGUGUAAUGGAAAAAGAGUCAGCAGGCCAGAAAUCCAGGAGUUUGUCCAUCAGUAACCCCUCACCAGAUGGACCUCAGACCGUUGUCUUUAUCACAGACAGCAGGGAUGAGCUGGAGGACUGGCUGGACGCCCUCCACCAGCACCUCUACGAUCAGAACCAGUGGCUGCACUGUUGUGACCAGUUAAUGAAGAUUGAGGCCACGUCCCCACGAAAGCCAUCACUCUUCCUCACCAAGCAGGCUGACUCUGUUUACAACGACCUCAGUAUCAGUUCACCUAGCAAAUUUGAGAGCAUUACUGAUAUCAUCCACACCAAAAUAGAGGAAACAGAUGGCCUCUUCCUUAUUGGCCAUGAAGAGAAGAGGGAGGCCCCUAAUUGGUCCACUCUGUUUGAUGGCUCCCAUUCGGUGGUUGUAGAGAAGAGUAUUUUGUCCCAGAGCAAAACUUCCACCCCUUGUUCAAGCCCCAACACCAGCUCUACACCCCUCAGCAACAAGAAGCGACGCGCUCCACCCCCUCCGUCUAACAAAGAGCCUUACGCUCCCCCAACUCGCCCAGCCAGACCCCCUCUUCCUGGUCCUCUUCAUCCUCAGCCUCCUCUGUCAUACCUGGAGAAGGAGAACUCUGGUGCAGACGUUUCACGUCCAGCCACAAGGUCCAAAACAGGACGGCCGUCUCUGGACGCAAAGUUUUCUGCCAUCAUCCAGCAGCUCCAGCGGAACAAUGCUGGGGGCACCGCAGCCCACAGCCGGAAAAAUGCUCCCCUGGGGGUCCGGGAUGUUCACCCGCAGGUUCAGCCUCAGCCUCCUCCUCAGCAGCACGAUUACCAAAACCACCAGACCCAGACCCCUGAGGCCACAGCUGAUGGUGGUUUUGUCAGAGCCUGUAAUGGUCCUGUUCCUGCACCGCGCAGCAAACUAAGGAAGUCUUUCAGGGAGAGAAUGAACCUCAAAGCACUGUAACUUCAACUUAAAGCAUAUUCUGUUUUUGGCUACCACUAACAAGAAUGACUAAAUCACAACGUUUCAGCUGACCUGGGUUAAAAAAGAAAAUAAAAUCGCACACAGUAACACAGUAGUGGUGACAGCUGCUUGUAUGUGGCUGGUUCAUCAGAGGAAGAAGAAAAAGCUUGUAAUUUUAGGAAUCAUGCUUCUUGCUGAUAUAUGGCUGGAAAAAUUUAAUACGAACCUCAAAUAUGUAUGCUAACUGGAAGACUGGAGCUAGUUAGCUUAGAUCAUGAUUAGUUUAUGUCAAAGGGAAAAAAUUACUUAUGUUUGCUAAUAGAUCAUGAAAUCAUUUCACAAGAACCACAACACAUACUUCCAUACCACUAAACGGAAAAAAGUAAAAAGAAGCACUCGUGAAAUCUUUAAGAAAAAAAAAAGUGGAUGGGUUUUGUUGUGGUUUUGCAUAUCAGAGCCUCUGAGGGGACGACUGUCCCUGGUUAAAUGUGAGGUGCACAUGGGAAGCUUUUGGCCUCAUGAAGUGACUCACUGGAAUGUGUUUGACAUCCUGUGGUUAUAACAAAGCUCCAGUGCUAAACUGAUAAUAAAACUGCCUGCGUUUAGGGUUCCGUUUUGAAGAUAAAACAUGUUAAUUAGUAAACUUUUAGAAGAGCUGGUCAGCAGACUUUAUCGAGUUUGAAGAGAGCCAGGAUUUGUUUUGACCUCCUUUCAGCUUCUACUAAACAACCUUUCUCAUUAGAUUCAUCUCAAUAUUGAUAGCACAGAUCUUUCAUUUUCAAAAGCAAGGAAAUUCAGUUUCCUAAAGUAGAAAAAUAUUGGCGUGACCCCUUGCAUAGAGAGGUGGCAGCCAUUAAACCUAAAGGCAUUCUCAAGAUCCUCGUUACAACCGCACAAUUCUGCGCGACUCUCCAUUCUACAGUAUCAGCCGAGACGUCUCCUGCUCUACUUUUACAUUUAUCAGCUUUUUCAUGUGCAACUAACCCUUAAAAGAAAUUGAAAGCUGCAUGCUGGCUCCAAGGACCACCGUCAUCAAUCCAACUAAAAUGGAAAGGCUUAUUUCUUUGCUCUGCCACUGGAACAUGAACUGAAGAAAGAGCCUUUGGAAAAGCACUCAAAUUGGAAUUGAUCUAUUGGCUAACUGUGGACGAGUCAUUCCUCUGGAACCAUUGGCAUAUUAUACUUACUGUGAUGACUUUAUGACCACUACAGCUGGUUCUAAAGGAACACGAUUUUUAGGAGCAACUGCAAGCACUAAUGUGACUUUCCUUUCCCCCAGAGGUCUUAAUAAUAGAGUGACCUCGGUUUUUAGUGGCUCCACAAUAUGACUGACAUCAUUUAGCGUUGCAGACAAUAAAUACUGUGAACAUAAUUGAAUGAAUGGGUCUUUUGAGUGGCUUAAAUAAUGAAUGCCCCUGUGUUUGUGGGUGUGUUUUAAACAUGCCUAGUAUUGCCAGUCACUAAAUAUUUCAGCCACUUAAUGAUAUUGUUUUGAGAAAUGGCCAUCAUCCUCACACAUGGUGUACCAAAUGUAUGGUAUUGCUACUUUCCCUGAAAUCGCUUCCCCAGAUGAAGCAUCACGAUUAAAGCUACAGUAACUGUUUUUCUUACCUCACUUUAAAUUCAGUUCAAUUUAGAGGGAGAGAUGUAGAUUGGUGGGGAGGUGGAUUACAGGAGGAUUUAGUUUAAGCUUUGAAAGAGAAAGCAGGAGCAUGGAUUGUACAAAAGGGGAUGUAGCCCAGCGUUAGCAGUGUGCCAGAUGCUUGGUGUGUAUUACCGGUACAUCAGUCACUUUGAUCUUCUACUGUAUGCACCUGGAAAAACAGGAGAAAGCUUUAGGCUAAAGUUUCCCAGCAUUACUUUCUCACUGAUGAUGUUAUUAAGUUCCAGAGGGAAUGAUUAUUGGUUAUAAUACACAUCCUGCAUCCUCAUGAACAGCUUGUUCAUUCUCAGUUUGGUUUGACUUGUAAGCAUUGCUGAGAAGUGCAUGUCAGCUUUAGUGGGAGACGCACUUCUGCAUCAUUAGGGGAAAUGAACAUGACUGCCUCUCGUAAAACUUAUUUUUAAAAAGCAAGAGGGAACAACAUCGUCUAUUGAAAAAUGAUUAAUGUAAUAAGGAGAUAUAUGCAACUGGCUAGUGAAUCAAUUAGAUUGUUUCCCCCUUUAUUACUCACGACUGCUUUUACAUUAGAGAUGAUUUGUAGUUUUUGUACUGCUUUUGAGUAAAAUGUAAUUAUUUUUUAUAGUUUACUGCCAUAUCAUCUCAAUAUCUCACCACAAUUAUGUAGACUCUGACUAGAUGUUUAUGUACCACUAAGUAGCAAUAAAUUCUUGUCCUAGCACAGCAUAAAUUGUGUUUAGCGCAGUGUAAACAAAAAUUCAUAUUGUAAUUGUAUUUUCUAAUCGUGCAAUGUCUUCUCGCUCUGUCUUGGAAGCUCACUUUAUUAUUUUUCUUUUUGUACUAUUGCUGAUCUGCAAUAAAAGCAACCUACAUUC